GGUCGCUUCUGUUUUACAGCAACCAAGGAAAUGGCAGAUAUGGAGGAAGUGGUUGUUGAAGCAAAUUGCAGGCCAGAAGAAACUAGGGCAACCCAUGCCUUUAGAAGCUCUUCACCUCACUAUGCUCAAGUCAUUCCCAUCACAACCAGUCCUCCUCCCACAAGAGAAGAAGAUGGUGCAGAUUGGGGAUGUGGAGAGCUCAAUCCACAGGACGCUUGGCUUCCUAUCACAGAGUCCAGGAAUGGGAAUACCAUUUCUGCUACCUUCCAUUUGAUCUCUUCAGGAAUUGGAAUUCAAGCCCUUUUACUGCCUCUUGCAUUUGCCACUCUUGGAUGGGCAUGGGGAAUCAUAUGUUUGUCACUAGCAUUUACAUGGCAGCUCUACACCACAUGGCUUCUCGUCCAUCUACACGAAUCCGAAUCUGGAAUUCGAUAUAGCAGAUACCUCCACCUCGCAGUAACGGCCUUCGGUUUAAAAUUAGGGAAGUUGCUCACUAUUUUCCCAGUAAUGUACCAAUCAGGGGGCACAUGUGUCCAGUUGAUCAUCAUAGGAGGUGGAAUCAUGGAGCUUUUCUUCAAAAAUGUUUGUGAUGUCAAGUCAUUGACUGGUACAGAGUGCUUCUUGGUGUUCAUGUGCAUGGCUAUUGUUGUGGCUCAGUUUCCCAACUUGAACUCCAUAGCUUGGGUCUCGUUCAUUGGCGCCAUCACAGCCGUUGGAUAUUGUACUCUGAUUUGGGCCCUUUCAAUUGGCAAGGGCAGGCCCAGUGACAUAUCAUACAACCCACCAGAGAUGGAUUCUAACAUGGAUACAUUUGGUGGCAUAAUGAAUUCAAUUGGCAUCAUUUUCAUUGCAUUCAGAGGUCAUAAUGUUAUGCUUGAGAUUCAGGGCACAUUGCCAUCAAGUUCCAAACACCCAUCCCAUAAACAAAUGUGGAGAGGAGUGACUAUAUCUUAUGCACUUAUAGCCAUGUGUUUGCUUCCUCUUGCCACAGCUGAAUUUUGGGCUUAUGGAAACAAGAUACCGUAUUCGUAUGGAAAAAUAUUGAGCUCAGUUUCAAAGUUCCAUGGACAUAAAACCUCAACAUUUGUGCUGGGACUAAUUUGCAUAAUUGUAGUGAUAAACUGCUUGAGCACAUUCCAAAUCUACAGCAUGGUAGUCUUUGACAACUUGGAGUUCAAGUAUACCAGCAGGAAGAGCAAGCCAUGCGCCCGGUGGCUUCGAAUGGUUUUUCGUUUUCUCUUUGGAGGAGUGGCAUUUUUUGCAGCAGUGGCUCUUCCAUUCUUACCAAGCUUAGCACCUCUGAUUGGAGGGAUGACAUUGCCUUUGGCUUAUGCUUAUCCAUGUUUCAUGUGGAUCGCAAUCAAGAAACCACAGCCACGAAGUGGAAAGUGGUGCAUAAACAUGGGACUUGGAUGCUUGGGGCUGGUUUUGAGUGUUGUUUUAGUUGUUGCAGCAAUUUGGAAUUUAACUGAUAAAGGUCUAAAUGCCAACUUCUUCAAACCUUAAUGACAUCAUGUUCAGCUGCUUCUUUUCUUUGUAGGUGUAAAUAAUUUUGUUGCUUUUAAAUUAGUGAAACUAGUCCCUUGGCUCGGCGAGUCAAUUGAAGUA